CUCCUCCUCGUGCCGCCGCCGCCGCUCUCCCGCGCGGCGACGGUGGUCACGCGCCUGCCGGGGUUCGACGGCGCGCUGCCCUCCCGCCUGGAGACCGGGUACGUGGGCGUGGACGACGCCACCGGCGCCGAGCUCUUCUACUACUUGGUGGAGUCGGAGCGGAGCCCCCGCGCGGACCCUUUGGUGCUGUGGCACUCCGGGGGGCCGCGCUGCUCGGCCUUGAGCGCCCUCGCGUUCCAGAUAGGGCCUGUUAGGUUCGUCGAGAGACGCUACGACGGCGCGCUGCCGCGGCUGGUCCGCAAUCCGUAUUCCUUGACGCAGGUGGCAAGCAUUCUCUUCGUCGACUCGCCUGUCGGCACUGGGUUCUCGUAUGCGCGUGAUCCCAGAGGCUACGACGUCGGAGACAUCUCAGCGUCUUUGCAGAUCCUGACAUUUCUGAGAAAGUGGUUCGAUGAUCACCCGUGGUAUCUUUCAAAUCCGUUCUACCUUGGCGGGGACUCGUACGCCGGAAAGGUGACUCCUCUCAUUGCGCAGCAUGUUUCAGAAGGAAUUGAAGAAAUGCAGUACCCACUUAACCUCAAGGCACUCAUGACCUAUCGUUUCUUUGUGCAGGGCUAUAUAGUCGGCAACCCUGCCACAGGGGACAAGAUCGAUGAGAACUCUAGAAUUCCAUUUUCUCAUUCAUUUGGAAUAAUAUCUGACCAACUAUAUGAGGCUGCUGUGGAAAACUGUAAAGGAGAUUACGUGAACCCGACAAACAAACUCUGCUCUGACGUAGUACAAACUAUCAAUGAUCUCAAGUCAGAAGUUGAUAAGGAAGGCAUCUUGGACCCGGUAUGUCCUUUUGCUUCGCCCAAACCAUGGAGAGAUGCCCUAAGAAGAAAGUCUCUAGCAGAGGAACACUAUCCACUGAGUGGCCCACCUGAUGAGCCUCCUUUUGGUUGUCUUGCGUACCGCUACUACCUGUCAUACUUUUGGGCUAACGACAAUACCACCAGAGCUGCUCUUGGGAUCAAGGAGGGAACAGUGAAAGAGUGGAUAAGGUGCAAACUUUCCGGAGAACUUCCUUACACGUCUGAUCUUCCUAGCAGCAUAGAAUACCAUCUCAACCUGACAACCAGGGGAUACCGCGCUCUUGUCUACAGGUGA